GCAUUAAAACGUCUUGAGACAGUUAAUAAUUUUACAUGCAAGUAUUUUUAUGCACUUUUAGAGGGCGCUGUUUCGAUAAAUGUGGUAAAGGCGCGGUAGCCAUGGAAGUGAAAGUAAAAGUAAGAACAUAUUUUUUAUCGUGCGUUGUUAGAACGUGUAUGAGUAAGCAGCGUUUCAUAAUUCCUUUUCAGUAGCCCACUUUACGUUUUUCGAGUAUUAGCAUAGUCACACAAAGUUUGUACAGACUUUCGUAGACCUCAUGAUGAAAAGCAAGAUGAGAGUUUUCUGUUGGUUUCUGUCGUUGUUCUGCGCUACCAGGACUGAAGGAUUUGCAGUUCUGGGUCCUGCUAUGCCCCUAGUUGUCCAGUUGGGGGCGUCUGUAACGUUACCCUGCUCUGUGGAUACCCCACUACCUCUGCACGAGCUGGAGGUGGAGUGGACGAGAGGGGAUUCUGGGACCCUGGUGCAUCUGUUCCAGGAAGAAGAGAGUAGGCCAGAAUCACAGAGCCCAGCUUACAGUGGCAGGGCCGAUUUUUUCUCUGAAGAAAUCUCCAAAGGAAACUUCUCUCUGCUGCUUAGGAAUGUCACUACUGAAGACAAAGGGCUGUACAAGUGUGUAGUUCACACUGAACACGAGUCCCAUGAAACAGAGGUGACAAUAGAUAUUGAACGGCUGGUUGUGACAGGUGCAGACGUGCCUGCAUUUGCAUAUGCUGGUGAGGAUGUGAUUCUGAACUGCUCAGUGGACACCCAUGUUCCUCUCAACGAGUUAGAAGUAGAGUGGAUAAAGACAAACGGGGAAAUCCUGGUGCUGCUGUUUUCUGAGGGGGAGGACAGACCAGAGUCACAACAAGAGAGAUUCAGGGGGCGUGCUGAGUUCUUCAGUGAGGAGAUUCCCAAAGGAAACUUCUCUCUGAAACUGAGGGAUGUAAAAAGUGAAGACAGAGGGGAAUUCAUGUGCAAAGUCCAUACAGACAGGGAUUCAGUCAAUGCAACGGCAUGGUUACAAGAACAGGGUUUUAGCACCUUACAUCUAUGUGUCCUGGGCUUAACCAUUGCUGCAGCGGCUUUUGCAGUUACAAGCUGCAUUCCUGCUCUUUGGUAUAUAAACAAAGAAAGACAAGAAAAAAUCAAGAAAGAAAAAAUCAAAAAAGAGAGUUCUCCACCCAGUGACCCCGUCGCUAAUGAAGAUGAUGCAGCGGGUAAAAACAACAGAGCUGUGUUGCUAUAUUGCCUUCAAGUCUCCGUUCCAUGCAUCCUGAUGUCCAUUGCAUUCGCCAUAUGGGGUUAUAUUGAAAGCUCUGUUGGAGAGGCUUAUGUUUGCAGUACUAUAAAUCUCAUGAGGAUCCUGGUGAUAUUUAAGGUGGCUCCAUAUGUACUUCCUGGUACAUGUUACGAGAGAUUGAAAAGCGUGGCUCUGCCUUUGGAAAGUUUUGUCAUUACAACAGGGGUAAAUUCUGCUGUCCUCCAUAAUCUUUUGACAUACCAAGCCCCAGAUGCAGCACAAAAACUAUUUUCUGGAUUCAUGUUCGCUGUUGUGAUAUUGUUCAGUUUAUCGGCAGUUUUUUCAGGGUUAAAGUUUUCCUCAGGAUAUUCCUAUGAAUACCUAAGUUAUGUGUUUUCUUUGGAAGUAUUUUUUAUUAUUUUCACACGUUCUGCAUAUGGUUUUACAGCAGUGUUUUUAUUGUGGUUUGUUAUGCCUUGUUUGAAGAAUUUGUUGGAAAAUUGGGAAUCAGACUGGUGCAGUGAAAGAUACGCAUAUUUAGGUGAGGGCGUCCGUCUUGUGCUUCAUUACAUUUUAUACAGAACAUGCUAUCUUCUAUUUCUGGACAUCUUCUCAGAAAAGGAUAAAGAACACCCUGCACUGAUGUGCUUCUUUGUAUUCCUCUGCAUCCUGACUGCAAUACUGACUUUUGACCACAGGAGUAAUUUACCUGGUGUACUUCAUAUCCUAGUAUAUGUGUUUGGUUCUACUGUCCUAAGUGUCCUCAAUUCAGUUGCUCUAGCAACAGAACUCUUUCUGAAAGCAAGAAAAGGGGAGAGAACUGUGGAAGAUCUUCGGGUGAUUGUCUUCCCCCUUGAAUCUUUCUUUUUGGCCUGUUGGCUAGGCUUACAGGUGUAUGCAUACUGUACACAGAAUAAAAAAAUGAAAGAACAACUGGAGCUCAUGUUCCGGAGCUGCAAAACACAAGCCCAAUCUUCAACAUCAUCUCAGCAAAAUCAGGAAUGACAUUGAAGACACCUCGCCCUCACCUGACACCUGUACUUUUUUGGAUUUUUAUGUCUGUUAUGUAAACCUUUUGUGAUCAUUAUGCCAUAAAUUUAUUCUGUUGCAAAUUU